AUGUCCCAGCGCCGCUCAACGGAAGAUCGACAACGACCAUCGGCGCGCGACGGUCGACCGCUCCACAAGAUGGCCGUGAUCCGCUGCGGAGCUCUGUCCCUGCUGCUCGUCGCCCUCUGGUGUCACGGCACGCAGGGUCACGACCUGCUGCGACCCCAGCUCGCCAAGAAGCGGUCCUCCCACUUCUGCGGCGCCGAGCUCAUCAACAUGCUGUUGCUGGUGUGCGACGCGUACGGCGUCGGCCCCGGCAAACGCUCGUCAGUCGGCUUUUCCGACGCCAUCCGCGCAGAAGCCACGCCCGACCGCCUCAGAGUGCCGAUGUCACCGCUAGGGGCGCUGGUGUUGCAGCGCCCAGGCCUCGCGUCUCGGCUGCACCCGUCGCGUGAUCCGCUCCCGCUCGCGGAGCAGAGGCCUCUGUUCGCCGCACCCGGCACCAGGGUGAAGCGCCAAAUCGUGGACGAGUGCUGUGUGCAGGCCUGUGAUAUUCAGACUCUCAGGAGCUACUGCGACGUUUAGUGGUGAUGCCAGUCGCCUUAAAGCGUAUGGCCUCGCAGCCGGGAUUUUGACGUUGCCAACACAAGUCGUCAAACAAGAAGCCGCUCGAUAUUUUACGCUCGUGCAGCGAGCGCAGAUUGUCAUUUGCAUAUAGCAUGCGCGUUGCUCUGUUGUUUCAUAUGAUUGUUUUAACAAAGUAGCGGGGUGGAUUGUUUUGGGUGUCGCUGCACGGUUGUCCCCUUUGCAUUAGCCUGGCGAGCUCUCUUACGUCGAAAAUAUCUGUUGCAGAUCGUUGUGAUGUGUCCACACAUGU